GGGGCGCAAGAUGCGCGAGGACUACAUAGCCGGCGAACGUCGGAGCACGAGUAGAUAUUCUUUACCGGUGACAAGACUUCGCGGUUUUUAAAUCCAUAACAAGCGAAAAAGAAGAAGAUACCUGAAUGAGAUAAAGAAGAUAGAGGAUAAGGUUUUUUAAUUUUAUUUUUAAACGUCAAAAUUAGGUCGGCAAUUCAUCACGCGCAAGAAAGUGCCUAGAAGCACGGUAGCUCUAGCCAGGUCUCUUAACUCGCAAGUGGUGAAAAAAUAAACAAAAAAACAGUAGCCUACGUCGUUUUAUUGUUAUUUUUUUACUUUAUAACAUCAAAAAAUAACAGAGGACCAACGAGAAGAAGUCCCGCGUUCACAAGUUUGGACAAUGGCAAGGGAGAAGAAAGUGACCUUCCAGCUGUUGAUGGCUGUUGGAACAGCUGUGAUUGGCUCUCUUCAGUUUGGUUACAAUACUGGUGUCAUCAACGCUCCUCAGAAGAUCAUCCAGAGCUUCUACAAUGAGACGUGGUUUGACCGAUAUGAUGAGCCCAUACCUGAAACAGCCCUCACGUCACUGUGGUCUCUCUCAGUGGCCAUCUUCUCAGUGGGGGGGAUUUUUGGCUCCUUCUCUGUGGGUCUCUUUGUCGAUCGCUUUGGAAGGAGGAACUCAAUGCUCAUGGUUAACGUGCUAGCCUUCGUCUCAGCAGCAUUGAUGGGCUUUUCUAAAUUGGCAGCCUCAUGGGAGAUGUUGAUCAUCGGCCGCUUCGUGGUGGGGCUUUACUCAGGCCUUUCCACUGGAUUUGUACCAAUGUAUGUGGGUGAAGUGGCGCCCACUUCCCUCCGAGGAGCCUUGGGAACUCUGCAUCAGCUGGGGAUUGUUAUCGGCAUCCUGAUAGCGCAGGUGUUUGGUCUGGAUGUGAUCAUGGGCAAUGCCACGCUGUGGCCCUUCCUGCUGAGCUUCACCUUCAUCCCAGCACUGCUGCAGUGUUUUCUGUUACCCUUGUGCCCCGAGAGUCCUCGCUAUCUCCUCCUCAACUGCAAUGAAGAGACCAAAGCCAGAUCAGUGUUGAAAAAGCUGCGUGGAACAUCAGAUGUGAGUUCGGAUAUGCAGGAGAUGAAGGAGGAAAGCAGGCAAAUGUUGACUGAGAAGAAAGUGUCCAUCUUAGAGCUGUUCACGUCCCGAGUCUUCCGACAGCCUUUAAUCAUUGCCAUCGUACUGCAGCUGUCACAGCAACUGUCUGGCAUCAAUGCUGUCUUUUACUUUUCCACGAGCAUCUUUGAGACAGCUGGUGUAGCACAGCCCGUGUAUGCCACUAUCGGAGCGGGAGUUGUCAACACGGCAUUUACUGUAGUGUCGCUGUUUUUAGUGGAGAGAGCUGGCCGCAGGUCACUGCACCUAAUAGGACUGCUGGGUAUGGCUUUGUCUGCAGUCCUGAUGACAAUUGCCCAAGCACUGCAGGUACAGGUCCCAUGGAUGUCAUACAUGAGCAUUGUUGCUAUUUUUGCCUUUGUGGCAUUCUUUGAAAUCGGACCUGGCCCCAUCCCUUGGUUCAUCGUAGCUGAGCUGUUUAGUCAAGGCCCUCGACCUUCUGCUAUUGCCGUGGCUGGUUUCUGCAACUGGACGGCCAACUUCAUAGUGGGAAUGUGCUUUCAAUAUGUGGCGAACAUCUGUGGCGCAUAUGUCUUCAUCAUCUUUACUGUUUUGUUAUUGGGUUUCUUCGUGUUCACGUACUUCAAAGUUCCAGAGACGAAAGGCCGGACAUUUGAUGAGAUUUCUGCUGGUUUCUCUCAGCGGCCUGCUGCUGGCAUUGAAAAGCCACCUGAAGAGAUGAACAGCCUGGGGGCGGAUUCUGAGCUCUGAGUUCGACCUCCUUCAUUCCCUCACACUCCUUGACACAACUACUGAGAGAGGAAAAUGCUGACUGAAAAACACAUUUCUCUCUCUGCUGAAUACCAGGCUGUUUGAUCCCUGUUCUUCCUUUUUUCCUGCGUGUGUACAUAGGUAGAAAAAGGUGGGAUUGCUGUAUUUAGAGAUUUCCGACAUUGUUUCAUAUGUACAUGAGAAAAUAUUUUACUUUUUUUAAUCUUUGUAUCUGUUACCUUGUCUUGAUUGUAUUUUACAGGCAAAAUUAUUUUUAUAAUGAUCAUUCCUGUUGUCCACCAGCAUACUUUUAUCAAGGCCUAAAAACAAGGCCUUAAAUGCUUUAAGUUGACAUACUGAAUUCCAUGCAACUAUCUCUCUUUUAUUCAUGUCACAGCGUUAGGAUUGGGCCUUUUUUACUCGGUGCAAUUUUAAUCAAUGAAUGGAUGUGGAAUUGGCUUUUAAGAGGAAAGAAUAGGGAAAAGGUUUAAUUGCGGUUUACUGUGUCCCUAAUGGAAUCUCCAUUUUUAGACCUGUCAUUUCUGUAAAAUCAAAUAGACAUUAUAUUUAUUUUACAAAUGAUUUUAUAUAUUACAGGGGUCAAGGGGAUGAUUCUGAGCUCUGUUUACUAUAUAGAUUGGCCCUUAGGUAGAUCCGUGUGUGUGUGAGUGUGUGUGUGUGUGUGUGUAUGCUUUCAGCUUUAAAUCCACCACACCCCUCAACUGGUGAACAAUAAAUGCUUUAGUCCUAUGUAUGUUAAAAUGAUGAAUGUAUUUACAUUUUGUUCUUUGAAUCUUCCUAAACAACCUUUAAGUUGCACUCACAGCAAAAAACAUUUCUAAAUUACUAACUUUCCCUAAUCAUGCAAACAUGACAGUAUAUCAUGAAUACUGUAUUGCAGUACAGGAGAAUGCACAGAAACUCUGUGCAUCACAUCACCACACGCAGUACUAAUGACUCCACACUGCAGAAGCGUCUCUAUAAGGUUAUAUUAUUCAGGGUAAAUGUUAAGGCAAUACAGGCAAGUAGACAUGCACACAUACGUCAGUUCAUCACCAUGAAAGCACGACAUUUUAAACCAGCACCAGCAUGCUGACAGUUUUAUAAUUCCUAUUUUAUGUGUUAA